ACUGAAUUGUACAUUCCCGUUUAGCCACUUGGUUGGAGAGGACCCUCGAUCUCUGCUCCCAGCCACUCUCCACUUCGCCUUCUAAAACGUUAAACAAGAGUCGUCGUUCUGUUGACUUGACUUUCUUUCCCUUUCCUUCUUCAUCAUCCUCCCUGAUUCGUCAUCUCAAAAUAUUACACAAUUCAUCACAAGAAAUCCCCCAGUUUUUUGGAAGAAAAACACGAAAAAACAAGAAGAAUCAGAGGAGGAGGAGGAGGCGAAGAAGAAGAGCUUAAAUAAGUUGUUAAAUAGUUUAUUAUUUAUCUCUCUUAUAAACUAUAAUCAUCAUCGUCACACCACCACCACCAGCACUUUACCACCACCACACCAUCAUCAAUCAGCAGCAGCAAUAUAAUAAUAUAGUCGAUAUAACAGACCAGACCACCACCACCUUUAUUUAAUUCUCGAGCAAAACAAUUGAAAAUUGGGUGGAUUGGAAUUUGGUUGGAGGAUCAUGUUACUCUCUGUGUGGUGGUUAUCAAUCAAUAAUAGCAAUAGUUUGUGUGGGGUCGUUGAUGAUUUGAUCUAGUUUUGUAACAAUAACAUUGACUGACAUAUUAGUUAUUUGUUUGUUAUUAGUUGAGCAGCAAUAAUAACAUCGACAGUUUGUAGUUUGUAAGAGUAAUAUGUCAUUUUAAUGUAAAAUGCCCAACCUAACGGAAAUCGUGUGUCAAGGAUGGCUCACAAAGUCCCCUCCGACGAGAGGAAUUUUUCGUCCGCGCUGGAGGAAAAGAUGGUUUGUCUUGAAGGGAGGAAAUUUUAUACAUCAGUUCGUGCUGGAAUAUUACACGGACGAUUCUAUGAAAAGAUUAAAAGGGGGGAUCAAUUUGGACGAGUGUAUGCAGAUCAUCGGGCCCUUGGCUGUACAAGAAAGGCAUAAGCACACAUUUCAAAUCCACACGACUGGAAGGACAUAUUAUUUAGCAGCGGAAAACAAUAGCGAAAUGCUGAAGUGGGUAACUAGUCUGUGUCAAGUUUGCGCUCUUAAGUCGGCCGAUGAAGAAUCCGAUGCUGGGAUGGUUUUCACGCGAACAGGAGAUGAAAACAAUAAACCCCGAACACCUGCGCAAACCGUGUUGGCGAAUGGAGUGCGAAAUCGUAUCGACACAAACGAAAGUGAUGAUUCUAGCCCAACCUUAUCCAACAAGCUCCCAUCCGGUCCUUACAUUCCUAUUUCAGAGUGUUUCACUGGGAAACCAAUGCCAUUAUCAAGCACUAGCGGCGAUGUUACCUAUUCCAACAGUAGUGUUUUUCAAUUCCCACCCAAGGUCAACUGGGCGACGCACCCGUCGCAGAGAGAACACACAGACUCGGACGCAACUCCGACGCCCACACCGACAUCGGCCGACUCUAAAAUGGUCACUGGUUCUCCAGCCGUUCCACCACCACGUCCCCCUAAAUCCAAAAUGAAUGGAUCUCCGGUUUCCGUCACCGUAACAUCACCUCCUUCACAGCAAGCGUCUUCCGACACUGCAGCAGCUGCCACCACCACACCGACCGACACGGUCGCAGCCGCCGACUCUGUCGCUGUCGCAGCUACGGAUCAUCUGAAAUCACCUCUGACCCCAUGCGAGACGGAAGACACGCUUGACUCAUCCUCAACCUGUUCCUCACUGCACUCUCCACCCAGCUCUGCGGGGGCAGUAUACUGUAAUAUAUCGGAAAUUGACUCAAGAUCAGCAGCUGCUCGUGGAACGCUGGUAUCCUCAGGUUCCCUCAACGCGAAUUCCCCAACCUCCCCCUCUGAACUCACUGCUUCGACUACUGAAGGCGCUCCUCCUCCCGUGGUGGACAGAAACUUGAAACCACUCAGGAACACUGAGCCAUUCGAAGCUAAAAGGACAAUCACAACAAACACCACUAGUAAGUCAACUACAUCCUCGUACGCCAGUGGGACCAUGACUCUACCCUCUCGCGGUGGUCAGUACAACAGUAGACAGCACGGGUAUGCAUUUUUCGCCGGACCAGUCAUUGACCGAAGUAGAAAGCCUCCCGACGGUCACUUAUCACUCGGACCAACCCCCGCACAAAUGAAGAGCAGUCAUGGAGGAGGAGGACGUCAAUCUUUCUCGACAUCACAACACUAUAACCAAAGAACUCUUCCAUCUAGUCCACACCGUCGAGCUGGCCCUGUCGUUUCUCCGAAUGAGAGGAGACCUCCCGUAUUCCACGAGUACGAGCAGGCCAACGAAAUGAAGGGAACCUAUUUACAAAUCGAAUGUCAGAACAAAGACGCCGUGUCGCCAAAAUUCCCAGCCCCCGCGAAAACCAUGAGUGGUCGGAGAGGAUUCGCCAGCAUACAUCCUCCAAUAGAUCCCAGUGGAUCCGUCGAAUACCGUCUCAUUGACCCGGUGAAGACGAAAGCGCUAAAUAGGACCAUUGAGGACAGAGAAAAACAACUUCGCAGCAUUCGAGGUCAUCACUAAGAAUCAACACCAGUAUAUAAUAACAAAACAACAAAAGUAUAAUAGCAGCAGGACAAGGAGCAAAACAGAUUGCUAAACUUAUCAUGUAAUAUCAUGGAGCACUAAACUAUAUACUACUAGUUAUUUAUUAAUCCUGGUUCAAAACUAUUUUAUAGGAAAAAAGUGCCAUUAUUAUUACAAGAUUAUAGAUGACGAAUAGAAUAUAUUUAUUCUCCUAUACUACAACUACUACAUACAUAAAUACUACUACUGCUAUUUACUCUUUACUACUAUAUAUAUUUUGGAAUAUUUUGUAUGUAUAUAAAUUCAUUCUCGGUUCUCGGUCAGUUAGUUUUCGGGUUUGUACGAGUAUUCAACUACUACUUUUUGUAAUUGUGAUCAGAUCAGGUUUAAUUUAUUAUUAUGCGAAAUUAUUACAAUGUACAAUAAUCCACGCACAAUUUCCAUCUAUCUCUACAAACUACUACUUACUUAUGUACUACUACUCUUGUUAUUUUGUUACUUAAACGCUAAAUUGUUACGAAUUUCCUAUCUCUUCGGUAUGAAUGAAAGUUUUUAACGAUGGCUGGCUUAGCCAUUACUUCCUGUUUGACUGACCAUUUUAAUUUUCUAUCUAACUUUUGGUACAAAUAAUUCACUCGUUAUUCAACAUACCUACGUUAAUUUCAUUCAUUAAAAAUUGUAUUGUUACUACUUCUUUUUUUCUCUUUCUCUGUUAAUGACCCCUCAAGCGCCCUUCACCUCUCGGCCUUUACCUCUCAAUCAAAUAAUAGAAUGGUGGAAUGUGCACGAGGGGAAUAAUAAGUAGUAAAAUUUUCACAAUCCUAAAAAACAAUAUCAAGAAAUCAAUCAAUCACUUAUACGAUUUCGGAACGUAGACACAUCACAGUAAAAAUAUUUAUGACUAUUUACGCAGAAUUAUAUACAUCACUCUCAAUCUAUCCAUUGUAUUAUAUAUGUACUGAAACAAUCACAUGUCAUGUACCCUUACAACAAAUGUACCAUUCAUUCAUACAUACAAAUAAGCAAUUAAUUCAUUUAUUGUGAUGCGAAUAACCAACUAACUAACUAACAUAACCAAAUCCUAAUUUUCUCCUAGAUGCUCAUAGAUAAAUUAAAUUUUAAUUAAUUAGCUUACAAUUAAUUUAGAUUUUUGCAGUAGAGAAGAAGGAAAAAAACUGUGAAUGUUAAAUCUGCAUUUUUGUCUUUGUUUUUCUGGAAUAAUUCACAUGGACAUGCAAUCAAGUGUCUCAUGUUGUACUAUUAACGAUAAGUGUAUGCAGUAACCCCCACCCCCCAGAAAGAGAGAUAUCUAUAUAAGUAUAAUAUUGUUAUUAAAUUGUGCAGGUAUUUGCUAUCUGGUGGAGAUCAUGCAUAAUGAUGAUGUUGAUGAAUGGGCAAUAAUAAAGAAACGGUGAAAUUACAAAAAA